AACAGAACGCGGAAUUAUAAGUUCCGUUGGGUAUUUUAGUGUUGAAACAGCUUAUUAUCCUUGGCGUAAAUCGUACCAUAUGCACCUGAUGUUCUGCUAAAACAUUUUUGAUAAAGUUUAGUUUAUUGUGUGAAUGGCCGUUUACGUCGAUCGCAAUAUAUUUCAUAUUGGCACUAGCUCAUAUAAGAAUGAUGUAUUUCAUGAUAUUCCAAGGGAAAGCUUCAAUUACCAGUCAAAAGAUCAUAAUAGCAAUUAUUUCGUAGACAAUGCAAAUACUUGUGUUGACGAUAAUUUUACAACAAAAGGUACAAAUUAUUUUAGAGAAGUGAAAGACUGGUUAAAUGAAGAUUUGUUUCAAGGUGGAGUUUUUGAUGGAAAGCGUAAUGCAUGGGGUUGUUACCAAUGGGACAAUGGUGAAAAAUAUUUUGGAACAUUUUUCAAUGAUAAAAAACAUGGUUACGGUUAUUAUGUAUGGCCUAAUGGAUCAAAUUAUUUGGGUACAUUUUAUCUUGAUAAAAGAUCAGGUUAUGGAAUUAUGAGAUAUUCAAAUGAUUCAAUGUAUGAGGGAUUCUUUUCAAAUGAUCAACGUUAUGGUCCUGGUAUAUUAAUAACAAUGACAUCAACUACAUAUGAAUUAAAUGUUGGUUAUUGGAAAAAUGAUCGUUUAAUUCGUUUAAAAAAAUCUGCAUUAAAUAAUCAAGAAUUUCAUUUUAUGAAACAAUUUCCACAAUAUAAUUUUUAUAAAUUAGUUAAUUUAGAAUUAAUGUUUCAAAAUAAUCAAUAUCAAAAAUCAAUAAAACAAGAACAAAAUAAUUUAUUGAUUAAUGAACAAAUUUAUCAUUAUGAUCAAUCUUAUUUCAAUGAAUCUUUAUCAUUAUUAUUAUUCAAUAAUUCUUCGAUUAAUUCAACAGAAUUAUUAAUUCAAAUUAUACAAAAUAUAUUAAAACAAAGUAAUUUACCUAAAUCAUUUCAAGUAUGGAAUAUGAAGAGUCCAUUAUUUGAAAGAUUUAUUGCAGAUCAAAGUUUUAAACAUUUACUUCAUUGUAUACCAACACCUAUAGAAUCAUCACUUUUAAACUUUAACAAUUUACAACAGAUGACAGAAACCAUGGGAUCUAUUCAAAAUGGUUAUUCAAAAUUGUCCAAUUCAAAAACUGAUGAAUUUAAACAAGAACAACAACAACAAUCCGAAACUUAUUCUAAACACGAUUCUCUAUUUGAUUCACAAUUUAAACAAAAUCAAACAGUUUGUUUAGUUGAUAUGAGAUCAUAUAUAACACAAAUUGCUUAUUUACAAAAUUUUCUACGUAAAUCAUGUAAAACAAUUGAUUGGUACAAAUUAUCAAUGCAUCACAUAAUUCAUGAUGUUACUGAUAACGAACAUAAUCAUGACCUUGAAAGUGAUGAACAUGAAUGUCAUGACCUUGAAAAUAAUUUAACUAAACAAUUGUUUAUUAAUGAAUGGUCAAUGAUCUGGAAUAAAUUCUCAAAAAAAAAUUUUAAAAAAUCUAAUAAACAAACAUUAAUACAUAAUAUGAAUCCAAAAUAUCAAUUAACCGGUAAAUAUGAAACAUUAUCAAUACAAUUUAUUCAAUAUUGUUUUAAUGGAUUAUUUGAUAAAGUUAGAAAUUUAUUACAAGUUGAAAAUCAAACAAAUAUGAAUCAAUAUUGUAUUGAUCCAAAUGUUACUGAUAAUCAUGGACAAUUUGGAUUAUUAGGUGCUGUGUUAACAUGGAAUAUGAAAUUAGUGAAUCUCUUAUUGGAUUUUGGUGCAAAUAUCAAUCAAUUAACUGAUGAUGGCUUAACAGUUUUCACAAUAUGUUUAUUAAAAUAUUAUGAAUUAUUUAAAGAAAUUAUGAAUUUAAAAAUUGAUCGAAAUGAUCAAUUUAGUGAAGGAGAUCAAGAAUCAUUAGAUCAAAGUGGAAAUAAUCAAUUGGAACAAGAACAUUAUCAACAACAACAACCGAGACAAUAUGAACCAGAUCAUAUAUUGCCGAUCAUUACGAAAAGAAUAAAGAUGAACGAUAAAAUGGUUGAUACAAUAAAUGAUAAUGAAGAUUAUAAUGAGAAGAAAGAAUCAGAUUUAAAUAAAUCCUCAUCAUCUUUACCUAUUGGCAGGAAUUAUAUUUAUCGUGUUGAAUUACCUGUAUUAUUAUCGACAACAUCUUCAGAGAGUAUGGUCACGUUAAGGCGUAAUGCUAGACUGUCACAAAUACGUAGAAUGCAUUUAAAUAAAAUUAAAGAACGUCGUUCACUUAUUACUAAAUCAAAUGAAAUGAGAAGAUCUACACAACAGUCACCUGAAAUAAAAAAUGAUUUGAUUACUACAACUCAAUCAGUUUUACCUACUUUUCAACGUUUUACAAAUUGUUUAACUCGUUUUAACUCUAUAAAAGAAUUACGUUAUGAAGAUAAUCCUAUUAAUUCAUCAUUGAAAGAUUAUAAAAUGAGUCCAACUUCAUCAUCAAAAUCUAUGUAUGCUGAGAAUCGCAAGACUAGACCAAAAACUAUCUCGAUAGACCAAAGAAAUAAAAAGGCAAUGAUUGAUAUCAUUUCUAAUAAAGCUGCGUUCAAUCAACCUUAUAGAAUAAAAUCACCAUUAAUAAGAGAAGUAGCUGCUCAAGAAUUAUCAAGAAAUCCUUAUUUUUUAGCAUCACAUUCAAUGAAUAGUUCAAUGAUGAAUCAAGUAUUAUAUGAAAAUAAUAAUAAAACACCAGAUAUGGAACAAGUUAAUGAAACACCAGUUAGUAGAACUUCAUUAGAUCGACAAGCUUUACUUUUAGCAAAACAAAAACAAAUGUUAGAUGUAAUAGAUCUAUUAUUAAAACGUGGAGCAAAUCCAAACACUGGUAUACGACCAUUACCAGCAUUAUUUCUAGCUGUACAAGCUGGUGAUCCUGAUAUGGUUCGUAAAUUAAUUCAACAUGGUGCAGAUGCAAAUAUAUGUUUACGUGUAGAUAGAAUUUCCGAAUCUGAGAAUCCUGUAUUAAAAGGAAUUUAUAUUGAUGAAGAUGAACCACCAUUAAUACCAAGCUUAGAUGGUUUAACUGUUUUACAUUAUGCUGUACUUGUUCCAAAUGAGAUGGGUGUAAAAUUAACAGAAAUUCUAUUAGAAGAUGGUUUAGCUGAUCCAAAUAAACAAGCUACAUUGGAUGAUAGUUUCAAAUUAAAAAGUCAAUUUAACACUUCAAUAAUAUCCGUGAAUUCAAGUGAGCUAAAUUCAGGCAAAACAACACCUGAAGAAAAUAGAAUGAAUGAAGGUCGAACUCCAUUACAUUUGGUUUGUUCCCGUGAAUAUGAUUUACUGAAUUCAGCUGUCAUUACAAAAUGCCUUUUAAAGCAUAAUGCUAAUCCAAAUUUAUUGUGUAACGGUCAUUCAGCGCUCAGUGUUGCUAUAGCAACUGGAAACGAUCCAUGUAUUAAUAUCUUAAUAAAUCAUCAGAAUACAAAUAUUAAUCAACCAUUAGGAGAUGGUUUAGGUUCAGCUCUUUGUAUUGCAUGUUCAAGUUUAUUUGAAUUUAGAAAGUCAAUUGAAUCACGCUUAGAAUUAAUCAAAUGUUUAAUUAACAAAGGUGGUAUUGACAGUUUUAAAUCAUUUGUUUUAUUAAAAUCCAAGGGAAUUUCCGGGAACGUAAUAGAUUUCACUUAUAUGGAUUAUGCAAAAGAUACAAGAAUUUCUAAAACACCAUAUCACGCAUUAAAUGAAAUUGAAAAAGAAACUUAUAAUGGAAGAAUGCAAAUAUUAACUUAUUUAGCUAAUCGAUUAAGAGAAUAUGCUUAUUCAAUAGAAAGUCUUAUUGAUGAUGAUAAUCACAAUAUUGAACAAAUAAAUUUAGAUCGAAAUGAAUUAAAAGAUAAACAAGACAAUUGUCCUAUUAAAACAUCAUCUUCUAAACCUUCGCGUCAAGAAUCACCGACUUAUCUCAAGAAAAACAGUUGUAUAUCCUAUUCGUUUUGCUAUGAAUGUGGACGUUCUGUCGGUGUACGUCUAACAGUAUGUUCACGCUGUCAUAGAGUAUAUUUUUGUUCCAAAGUUUGUAAAUUAAAAUCAUGGACAAUGCGACAUAAAAACGAAUGUUAUUUAACUCCAGAACUUCAAACUGAACGAGAUCGACGAAGUCCUACAAAAGCUCUACCAAAACUUACAGCAAAUAAACAAGAAAAACAUCAACAAUCAAUACAACAACAAAAUAUAAAUCAUACAUUAGAUUGGAAUUUAUUAAAUCAUUUAACAUGUUGUACAAGUAGUGGUGAAUUCAUUGGUAUUUUAUAUCAUCCAAGUUAUUAUUACCAAUAUAUAUUAAAUCAUUAUUUAAAAAUUAAUGAAAAUGGUCAUAUUAUUAUUGGGAAAUAUAAUGGUAAUGGAAAUUAUAGUCUAAUUUAAUGACAUUCAUAUAACUCAUUAGAUUAAAAAAGAGAAGUUCUGUGUUUUCUUUUCUUUUUUACUUUCUUCAAGUUUUCUUUUUUUUGCAAACGAUUAAAUAUUCCAUUUUAUCUAUUUCUUCCACUACUUAUUUGUUUGUUUGGUCGUUUUUAAAGAAGGAAAAAAAGAAAGAAAAACUAAUAAUGACAAUAAUCUUAUGUCAAAAUGAAAAGUAUUUUAUUGUACAUUAUGAAAUUUAAAAAGAUUUAUGAAAACAAUUAAAUUUAUAUCUGUUU